AUGUCAUUCGCACUGACCCGCACUUUCAGUUACUGAAUUAGAUAUCAUUCCGAUUCAAGUGCAAGUUUAUGAAAGCCGGUUUUCUCCGUUGGCUACUAGAUAAGUCGCCUGAAGACUUUCAGCGCGUAUCUGUAACUUUAAUAUGAACAGAUUGACAACAGCCGUUCAGGUCGGUCGGACUAACUAGAGAAGAUGGCGGCGUAUCAUUCGCCAGUGAAGUUGGUGUUGUUGCUGAUAACAUGGUUGGCGUAUCUUUCGGAGGUAACCGUGGAGUUCCUGGUGCCCUACCUCGUUCCAGACGCGGUACUACAGUCGGACGAUAACAGGACGAAUUCUAGCGACGGAGCGCGCAUCAUUCUGCAGCCUUACCCCUUGACCAGCCUUACCAUAUGGGCCGCCAUCAACGUCUAUCAGUUCCUGUGGCUGGUGUACAUCACGAGCACAAUAUGUCGUCGGAAUCCGCGCAACCGCCAGUUUAUCUACUGCGUGGAAGGUGUGAUUCCUGCGCCUGCGCUGUUGUUCUUUACGGCAGGAAUGGUGGCCAGAAACAUGGCCGUCAUCGCGUCCAACAGACUUCAUCACAUGACGUCAUUAUCUGCGUCGGGAUUGACCCCGAUAUUCUUCUGGGCAAGCGUAUGGUACUUAUUGCGCUGCUACAAGGAGUCAGUGCUUCAAGAAAACCGGAUGUCGGCAGACAGAAUCCUCAUCCUGGUCUUAUUACACAACGGUUUGUGCUCAAUUGCCACUUGGUCGACCUUGCAUUUCAACAUUCAGACGUGUAGAGCUCUGACGUCAUUGGCUCAGCUGCCGCAAUCCUCAGCUGGGAUUAUAACUCUGUUCAUUGUGUGUGUCGAAGUAAUCGCGUGGUGCAUUCUGGACUGGACCAUAUUUCGCCACCAUCUUGUUUUUGUGGUCACGCCCUAUAUCGUCUGUAUUGUUGGGCUUGCUGCCAUCACAGACUUUAAACCCAUUGACCUGACCGGCAGCAUCCCGUCUAUAUUACUUGGCCUGGAAAUUAUCGUUACCAUGGUGAGAUUGAUGAGGUUGUUCUGGGAUGCCGGCCAAACAGGGAAUCAACAGACCAAGAAUCGCCGCACACAUCAUGCGCAACCGGAACCACUUCCCGACCUGAUACCGUUGUCAGUUCUGUGAGAGUGGCAUUUCACAUGUUCCAUGACACAUGCAAAACUUAGCUGUUGUGAUAUACAGUUGUAAUUGUCAGUUUUUUGGAGUGUGCCAGAAACAGAUAAACGCAAGGCCGUUUUUCUCAGUUUCCCUUGAAGUAACGGCCUCUCUUAAACAUGUAUGGAAACACUGACAUAUUGGAGAACAACCGAAAACUUUACACCGGCAAUCAGCCUGUCAAUCUCGUGACCAUGUGCAGUGUGUCAGAGGGACAACAAAGUCUUUCGUUCC